AUGAACUUCUUUAAGACUCUCUUGUACGCAUUUGGUAUAUAUAUGGUGCUAGUUAGCGUGGAAUGCCGUGUAACAAAAGGUGGUGGUGAUGGUGGUUUAUCUCAAAUACCUGAUGAAGAAAAUAUAGCUCUUAGCGAUGCGGAGACUGUGGUCGUCGUCAGUCACAUAUAUCGUGUAAAAGACACAAAGGUGAAGAAGAGAUCUCCGAAACGCAAAGUCGUCAAGAAAUCCAUUACUAAACCAUGUUUGGAUUGUUGGCUUCAACCGACCAUUUUCUAGACUGGACAUAAAACAGUCUGCAAGGAGAAGACCCAGGGCAGAACACAUUGCAAUACCAUCCUUCUUGUGGUGAUUGACCAUUUCUAUCUCUGUAUUGUUUCAAUACUUACUGUUGAUUGUUAAUAUAUUUCUUAUAUGAAUUGCAUUAUAAUUCCGCUAAAUACAA